AGUCAGCUUCAGACCUCACGCAUUGCACUAUGCAGAACACACCGAGCUUAUACAUUCGUGUUCUCUUUUUGAUCACAGGAGGCUUAACACAGUGCUUGGCACUGAAGCAGAUUUCAGUAAUGGAAGGAGACACACUGAUUUUGAGGUGCCCGCUCAAAAACACUAAUAUGAGUGAUGCAGUUGAAUGGAGAAACCCAGAAGGUUUAAUCAUAUUCUUUAACAGACACAAAGUCUUGAAAGACAAGAGGAGCGAAUUUGUCACUUUCACCAGCUCAGAAUUUUCAAUACGUGUGACCAAUAUCACAUUCAAAGAUGGAGGUGUUUACAGAUGUAUACGUUACAACAGUCAAGUCUCAGUGAAAAGAUACAAAGUAAUUGUUAUAGGUGCUCCAAAACUGGAAAAGGAUGAGGAAGAGGAUAAAACAAUUGUUAAAUGCUCCGCUUCAGCAAAUAUCCAUCCGCCCAAACUCUCAUGGCUAAUAGACAAUGGCUUAGAGAUUGAGGCUCACCCAUACUAUGAGUUAGACGAUGGAUCCAAGAAAUACACAGCUGUUAGCCUGCUGAAUACAAAGGUUCCUAAAAAGAGAGUUACAGUGAAGUGCCUGGUCCAUCAUUCAGCUCUCCACGGUUCCAAACUACAAAACUUUAUCCACUUAGGAAACCAGAGUCAAGACACAUCAACCUCAUCAGAAUAUUCCAGUACCACACUUGGAUCAACAUACACAACUGUCAUUCCAACACUUUUUAGCAGAACAAGCUUCACCAAUAGUCAUUCAAAGUCAGAAACCACAAAUUACAGUAAUACAACAGUAAAUGAAAUCACAGAGGGCACUUCGUCAAAUGGCAGCAUAAACGUAUUAAGCAACACUACUGCAAAUGAGACAACUGAAUCAAUAUUUGAAACAACAGAGGGCACACCAUUAAAUACCAGCAUCGAUUCAUCAAGCAACACAACUGGAAAUGACAACAGGCAUAAAGACACACAAAGUAAUGAAAGGGGAAAUUCGGCAUUGCUUGUGCUGCUGGUCACAUGCCUCAUCAUCUGCCUGUUUGUGGUGCUUGCCUUCUUCCUGGUUCGCCUCAGGAAAGCACACAUUGCCUGGAAAAAAGAGAAUGAAGAGUCUGAUCAGUCAGUGGAGAGCAGCAAAUCGAAGUCUAGCAAUGAGGAGAAACAAAAACAGCAACAGAGAGGACGAGGCUUUUGGAACACCAGUUUCACAAAGUACAAAGCAGAGGAAACGCUAGAGAAUAAGGUUCAAACCACACCUGCUUCUAUACAAGUCAUUGACGAAAACCCACAGCACUUUAUCUCCAGAUCUGGCAUCAAAGAGACUGAAUUGUGAACAAUAUGAGACUUUAAUACCUUACCAGCUUUGGUAUGGUAGCUUUUUGGUGCUUGAAUACUGGUUGAAUGCUUGAAUAAUAAGCUAAUUGUACUUUGUUUUGUAUAUAUUGUACUUUUGUAUGUAUUGUACUUUGUUUUGUAUUUUGUAUGUUUGUUUUUUUUAAUAAAAAAGUGUACUAUAUAUUUUGAUACAAAAUGUAUAAUAUAUAUAUUUGAGUGACAAUAAAAUAGAAAUAG